AAUGGAGAGGGGUGGAGAUUUGGGAACAUGAAAAAGGAACAUUGAAAGUGUUCAGUAUCCAUUUUGAUAACAGAGCAGGAUGAGGGAAACAGAAGGCUGAGGCGGGACGGACUUCAGAUCAGAAGAUAGAAGAUGAGUGAUUUGGAGGAAGAGAAGGACGCAGCAGAGUCUGUAGUAUCUGGCUGUCAGUCUAUGAAGAGUGAUGAAUUCUUCAGUAAUGAAUCUGGACCCUCUGACACAAAAGUUCACAACAGACAGAGAGCAGAGUCUGCAGUUUCCGACUGUCAGUCUCUGAAGAGUGACCGUUCCAAAGGACUUUCUUUAUUCUUCAGUAAUGAAUCUGGACCCUCUGACACAAAAGUUCACAACAGACAGAGAGCAGAGUCUGCAGUUUCCGACUGUCAGUCUCUGAAGAGUGACCGUUCCAAAGGACUUUCUUUAUUCUUCAGUAAUGAACCUGGACCCUCUGACACAAAAGUUCAGAACGACAGACGAAGAGAAGAGUCUGCAGUAUCUGGCUGUCAGUCUCGGAAGAGGGCUCAGUCCAAAGGACUUCAUGAAUUCUUCAGUAAUGAAUCUGGACCCUCUGACACAAAAGUUCACAACAGACAGAGAGCAGAGUCUGCAGUUUCCGACUGUCAGUCUCUGAAGAGUGACCGUUCCAAAGGACUUUCUUUAUUCUUCAGUAAUGAACCUGGACCCUCUGACACAAAAGUUCAGAACGACAGACGAAGAGAAGAGUCUGCAGUAUCUGGCUGUCAGUCUCGGAAGAGGGCUCAGUCCAAAGGACUUCAUGAUUUCUUCAGUAAUGAACCUGGACCCUCAGACACAAAAAAGAGAAGGAGUGAUGUUUCUGAGGAGGAGCAGUCGUCCAGAACCAGAACCAGAGCUGAACUGCAGACAGCCCGUCAGACCAGCACUGUACAAAUGAAUCUUGUUCGGCAUGAAUAUAAGAUCAUUCUAAAGAGGACAUUUAAACGUGUGACUGAAGGAGCUGAAAGAGGAAGAGAAACCCUCCUUUACAGGAUCUACACUGCACUCUACAUCACAGACGGACAGAGUGAAGAGGUUAAUACCCAACAUGAGGUGAGGCAGCUUGAGAGAGCUUCCAAGAUGGAAACCCUCCAUGACACUCCAAUCAAGUGCGGCGGCAUCUUUAAAGCCUUUCCUGACCAACAGAAACACAUCAGAGUCGUUCUGAUGGUCGGCGUUGCUGGCGUUGGAAAAACCAUCUCAGUGCAGAAGUUCUGUCUGGACUGGGCCGAGGGUUUGGAAAACCAAGAUAUCAGUCUGGUGAUUCCUCUAUCGUUCAGAGAGCUGAACUUGAUCAAAGAUGAGCAGUACAGUCUUCUGGAGCUGCUCCAUGUUUUCCAUCCAACAUUACAGGAGCUCACAGCAGAGCAGCUUGCUUGCUCUGAAGUUCUCUUUGUCUUUGAUGGCCUGGAUGAAAGCAGACUUUCACUGGAUUUCAACAACAAUGAUGCUGUUUCUGAUGUCACACAGAAGUCAUCAGUCAACGUGCUGUUGACAAACCUCAUCAAGGGGAAGCUGCUUCCCUCGGCUCUCGUCUGGAUAACUUCCCGACCUGCAGCAGCCAAUCAGAUCCCUCCUGCGUGUGUUGACAGGGUAACAGAAGUACGAGGCUUCACUGACGACCAGAAGGAGGAGUACUUCAGGAAGAGAGUCGGUGAUGAAGAGCAGUCCAGCAGAAUCAUCUCCCACAUCAAGACAUCCAGGAGCCUCCACAUCAUGUGUCUGAUCCCAGUCUUCUGCUGGAUCACUGCUACAGUUCUGGACCACAUGUUGACUACAGACCAGAGAGGAGAGCUGCCCAAGACCCUGACUGACAUGUACUCACACUUCCUGCUGGUUCAGACAAAGAGGAAGAAGCACAAGUAUGAUGAGGGACAUGAGACAAGUCCACAGGAGCUGACGGAGUCCGACAGGGAAGUUCUUCUGAAGCUGGGGAGGCUGGCGUUUGAACAGCUGGAGAAAGGAAACAUCAUGUUCUACCAAGAAGACCUGGAGCACUGUGGUCUGGAUGUCACAGAGGCCUCGGUGUACUCAGGAGUUUGUACAGAGAUCUUCAAAAGAGAGAGUGUGAUCUUCCAGAAAACAGUCUACUGCUUCGUUCAUCUGAGCAUUCAGGAGUUUCUGGCUGCAGUCUACCUGUUCCACUGUUACACCAACAGGAACACAAAGGUACUGGAGGACUUUCUGGGGAAAGACCGGAAAUCCAAGAACAGUUAUCCAUCUCUGGAUGUGUUCCUGAAGAGAACCAUGGAAAAAUCCCUUCAAAGUAAAAAUGGCCACCUGGACCUGUUUGUCCGCUUCCUUCAUGGCCUCUCUCUGGAGUCCAACCAGAGACUCUUAGGAGGCCUGUUGGAUCAGACAGACAACAGUCCAGAAAUCAUCCAGAGAGCCAUCAACAACCUGAAAGAGAUGACCAGUAAUAAAAUCUCUCCUGACAGAAGUAUCAACAUCUUCCACUGUCUGACGGAGAUGAACGACCACUCAGUCCAUAAGAAUAUCCAAGAGUUCUUGAAGUCAGAGAACAGAUUAGAGAAGAGACUCUCUGAGAUCCAGUGCUCAGCUUUGGCCUACAUGCUGCAGAUGUCAGAGGAGGUUCUGGAUGAGUUGGACCUGAUGAAGUACAACUCAUCGUACCAGGGACGACUGAGACUGAUACCAGCUGUGAGGAACUGCAGAAAGGCUCUACUUUCUGGCUGUUACCUCUCUGAGACUCACUAUGAAGCCGUGGUCUCUGCUCUGAAGUCCAGCCCCUCCCAUCUGAGCGAGCUGGACCUGAGUCUCAACAACCUGCAGGAUUCAGGAGUAAAGCAGCUGUGUGCUGGACUGAAGAGUCCAAACUGUAGACUGGAGAAUCUGAGAUUGAGUGACUGCAAUUUGUCAGAGAUCAGCUGUGCUUCUCUGGUCUCAGCUCUAAAGUCCAACCCCUUUCAUCUGAGAGGGCUGGAGCUGAGUGACAACAAGCUGCAGGAUUCAGGAGUGAAGCUGCUGUGUGAUUUUCUGGAGAGUCCACACUGUAGACUGAAUACUGUGAGAUUGAGCCACUGCAAUUUGUCAGAGGUCAGCUGUGCUUCUCUGGCCUCAGCUCUGAAGGUCAACCCCUCACAUCUGAGGGAGCUGGACCUGGGUGACAACAAGCUGAAGGAUUCAGGAUUGAAGCUGCUGUGUGGUUUUCUGGAGAGUCCACACUGUAGACUGGAGAUUCUGGAAUUGUAUGGCUGCAGUUUGACAGAGAUCAGCUGUGCUUAUCUGACCAAAGCUCUGAAGUCCAACCCCUCCCACCUGAGGAAACUGGACAUGAGAUACAACAACCUGAAGGAUUCAGAUGUGAAGCUGCUGUGUGAUUUGAAGGAGAGUCCACACUGUAAACUGAGAUGGAAGUGAUGUCACCAGGGUUCGAAAUGACUUAGGACUCUUGGGGGGUCCCCUAAAAUGUAAUUAUAAAAAAUACUGAAGACUACCUUGCUACACUAUAUACUGCAGGCAAAAUUAUAUUGACAUAUUUUGAAGGUGGGAUAAUGGUCUUGGGAUGUAUUUCAUGGUUUGGGCUAGUCCCAGUAUUGUAGUGGUGUCUGGAGAAGUGGAUUGGCUAUAAUCUAACAGGUAACCCUCUAAUUCUGGAGCAACAAAGUUACAGCACCUUAUAUAAAUCCCUGACAUGACAAAGUGGAUAACAGGUCAUUCUUUCCUUGAGCAAGGAAGUUAACUAAGUUACCUAAAUCCACCAGGUUUACUCAUUAUGGUGAUCUUUAUUUUUCCUCUUUCUCUCCCCAUGAUGCAGGAUUCUAAAUUAAGAAAAAUAUUAGCUUCCUAGAUAGCUUACCAAGCGCUCAUGUACACUCGUUCAUACUCAAAUUACAUUCACUUUAAUCAACUCACAGACUUGAAUUAAGUCGUUAUGGUUGUUAUGCUAGCUUUGAAUAACUAGUCUAACUGCUAUAUGUCUGCUGUUAGCUGGCAGAUUAUUUGGCUUCAUACCUAUGCUUCAUACACAUACAGCUAGCAAGAAACAUUGAGAAACGCACUCUUCUAAUCAUUACGUUACACUGGGUAUCUAAGUUAGUUAAUGCAACUUUUGAUAUAUGAACACCAACUCCAAAUAUUUUACUAUAAUAAGCAAUUAUUAUGGAGAUAUAAACAUAAUCGAAGCACUUACAGCUUUUUCAUUAGGGAUUUCACCAGGGCUGGACUGGGACAAAAAAUCGUCCCGGGCAUUUUUGGCCCAGGCGGCCCACACUCAACGUGAUUGGUCAGACACAUUCCCUGCAGACAGUCCUCUUAAAAUAUGUGUGCAUUCUAUGAUAUAUGUUCACUUUUGCACUACUGCCAUUGCACACACUCUACCACUGCACCUUAUCAUGGUCAUUGUAUCACAUGCUCAGUCCAUACCAGACCUUUGUAAUCCCUUUUUUAACUCUUUAAAUUUCUGUGAGUGAUUUUUAUGUAUGUGAGAUAUAGGCCUAUGUGUGUUUGUUGUGUUAUGGUUGUCUAAGCUACUGUAUGCCUAAAA